CAGAAAGAAGAAGCAGCUCAUCAGCACCAAUUUAUUUUGCAUGCUGCUUUAGAUAUUGUUCAGGACCUUGCAUGGACAACAAGUGCCAUGUUUUUGAAGGCCAUUGACAGGUUCAAUGACUUGGUGGUGUCUGUGUAUGUAACUGCUGGUCACACUAGAUUGAUGCUGCUUCAUGAUUCACGUAAUGAGGAUGGGAUAAAAAGUUUUUUCCAAGAGGUUCAUGAACUUUAUAUUAAGAUUCUGUUGAAUCCUCUAUAUUUACCUGGGUCACGGAUAACUUCGUCGCACUUUGAUACAAAAGUUCGAGCUCUUGCUAGAAAAUACUUGUAAAUCAAGUUUCCUUAAUGCACAGAGGAACUUCGCUUCUGAUGUUGUUUACAUAUUACCUCUUUACCUUGUUUUGUUGGGUUUCAUCCAAUGUAAUCUGAAUCAGCCCUUCAUCAAACAUCACAUUCUAUAUUUUAUGCAAGAUACCUUCAAUUGAGAAAGUUGAGAUUAUAUGCGAGUAAAACUACCUAGUUGCUUGAGCUGUA